UUCGGUCAGUUACUCACUUGUUUACUCCGUUGACGCUGGUACUGUCGAGUUUUUAAAUAUGUGAAACCGCAAAUUCAAAAAGUGCCAGUUUUUUUGUUUUUUUAAAACAAAUUUUCUUUGUUUUUAAUUUUUUUUGUUUAAAUCCAUCUCUUUCAAUUUCGUUUUGUGUCGGCUUCCGUCGGCGAAAUGACUUGGGUCGAAAGGCUGAAAUUGAGCCUUUGUGUUCUAUUUAUGUUUUUUGCUGGGCCGUCUUUAAGUCAAGAUGGGAAUAGAGGAGGGAAUAUGGACGAUAGAUCUUGGCCAAGUACCAAACAGCAAAUGCCAUCAUGGAACAACGUGGUUGACAAUAAUAAUAUAAUAAUAAGAGAGCCGAGUUAUUUUAUAGUAGCAAGUAAAAUAGUCAGACCUGGCCAGGUGUACAAACUUACUGCAACAGUUCUGAAAAGUAAAUAUCCUUUAAUCAUAAGAGCCUCUAUCCAGCGCAGCGGGGUAGAAAUCAGCGGAACAAGUAGACCAACCAAACUUGGCAUUACCGAAAUGCUAAUGAUGAAGGUGCCACCAACAAGUGUCGUCGGUGACUAUAAACUAAGAGUUGAGGGAUUCUAUGAUUCUCUUUAUGGUGGUUCAGCAUUUGUGAAUGAAACUAAACUUACAUUUUCACAAAGAUCAAUGACAAUUUUUAUACAGUUAGAUAAACCAAUAUACAUGCAAGGAGAUACUGUAAAAUUCAGAGUGAUCCCAAUCAACACAGAGCUUAAAGCUUUUGAUAAUACCGUUGAUGUGUACAUGCUCGAUCCAAAACGGUACAUAAUGAGACGCUGGCUGUCAAAACAGUCUAAUUUAGGUACAGUAUCUUUAAACUAUCAACUUUCUGACCAACCCACAUUUGGAAAUUGGACCAUACAAGCAACCGCACAAGGUCAAGUUGAAGAAUAUACAUUUAGGGUUGAAGAGUAUUAUCAAACUAGAUUUGAAGUGAAUAUUACGAUGCCCGCUUUUUUCUUUAACACAGAAAAAUAUUUGACUGGAACUGUCAUGGCAAAUUAUACAAACGGUGCUCCAGUACAUGGAAACUUGACCCUGAAAGCCACCAUUCAACCCAUAAAUAAAGAAAAAACUUACCGAAAUCUUGAUAUUAACACAGUCGUAGAGAAGUACUUUAGUUUUGAGGAAUCUUUUCCAUUUUGGCUGUCAGCAUCUGAUUACUACAGACCAAAUACAGUACCACAUUUAAGAUUUUUUGAUGGAGUGUACCAAUUCCAAUAUCCAAUGUCAGAACUUGAAAAACAUUUUCCGUCACUUGACGGAAUGGAAAUCAUGGUUACUGCUACAGUCGGUGAACGUUUUCUCGAUGAAAUCAUAACUGCCAGCUCAGUCUCUCGAAUUUUCAAUUCUUCGCUUCAGAUCAACUUUCUAGGCGGUUCGCCUCAAGUGUUCAAACCGGCGAUGCCUACUUCUACAUAUAUUGCAGUUUCCUUUCAUGAUGGUUCUCCUGUACCAGCCGAAAGAUUGAGAAAUGCAAGAAUGGAGAUAUCAGCCGAAGUUGUGAUGAAGUCGAGAGGGAGACGUUCAUUAGAUAUAGAAGCAAUUAAAAUGUCAUCCGAGUUUCUAGGUGUAUGGCCUUUCAAAUUGGAUCUCCGUGAAAAAUUGGGAUUGGAUGAAGACAGUAGUACUAAUCCAGUUGAGGUUCUUAAUGAUGUUGAAUCCAUUAAGGUUUCAGCUUAUUUUAGAGACAGUUUAGGUGAAAGGGCUCAGACUGAAUUGCUUCUGAUGGCUCAUUAUUCACCUAACAACCACCACAUUAAAAUAACGACAUCGACCAAAGAUGCUAAGGUCGGAGAGUAUAUUAUAUUCCACGUGCAAAGUAAUUUUUUCAUGGAAAGCUUCGAUUAUAUUGUAAUGGCUAAGGGAAUCAUUCUUUAUACCAGCCAAGAGGUUAUGAAAAACAACAUCAGAACGUUCGCUGUCGCCUUGUCUGCUGAAAUGUCUCCUGCGGCGACUGUUAUUGUAUACUCUUUUGGCAGAUAUGGCAAUAUUGUUGCUGACAGUUUGACAUUCCCAGUAAAUGGCAUUUCUAGAAAUAAUUUCACAGUCCUGAUAAACAACAGAAAAGCCAGAACAGGUAAACAAGUGGAAAUUGCCAUAUAUGGAGAACCUGGAGCAUACGUUGGGCUCUCUGCAAUUGAUAAACCCAUCUUCAGUAUUCAAGGAGGAAAUGAACUCACUUAUGCAAAAGUAUUACAAAAAAUGGCUAUUUUUGAUGAAGAAACAAAUGGCACCUACUCACAGGUUUGGCAUUCUCAUGAAGGUGAUCCUGAAGAAUUAGUUUACUUUCCUUCUUCAACAUAUGGGAUAGAUGCAAAUAGAACUUUUGCGUUUGCUGGAUUAGUUGUGUUUUCUGAUGUAGAGGUGUCAAGAAGAUCGACUUUUUGCAAUGAUACUCAAGGCUUUGCAGAAUGCUUAAACGGAAGAUGUUUUAAAUUAGAGAAAAAAUGUGAUGGCUACAUGGAUUGUGAAGAUGGAACUGAUGAAGCUGCAUGUCCGCGAUUCAAUUAUACAGAUCUGUUAAAUUUCCGUAUGAACCGUUUCAGUAAAAUUCAGCGUCAUUAUGAAAAUGUUUGGCUAUGGCAUGAUAUAAAUAUUGGUCCUCAUGGACGUUUUAUAUUUGAGGUUGAUGUACCACAAAGGCCUGCCCAUUGGAUUGUUUCUGCAAUUGGAAUGAGCCCGGUAUUAGGGUUUGGUAUGCUAACAAAACCAAUAGAGUAUAUGGGUGUUCUACCAUUUUACAUAAAUGUCGAAAUUCCGGAAAUAUGUCAUCAAGGAGAACAAGUUGGUGUAAGGGUGGCCGUCUUCAAUUACAUGACGAUGAAUUUAGAAGCUGUGGUCGUGUUAGCCGGAUCGCAAGAUUAUAAAUUCGUCCACGUUGAGAUGGAUGGAAUCGUGCGAUCUUAUAAUCCAAGAACUUCAUAUGGAGAACAUCAAUUUUUUAUAUUUAUUAAGGCUCAAGAUGCAGCUAUCGUCUAUUUACCUAUUGUCCCUACUAGACUCGGUGAUAUUAAAGUCACAGUAAUGGCCUCUACACUAAUGGGAAAAGAUACAGUAACAAAGAAUCUACAUGUUUUGCCGGAUGGACUACCCCAGUAUCGUCAUCAGUCUAUUUUAUUGGAUCUAAGCACCAGAGGAUAUAUAUUCCAAUAUAUGCAUGUGAAUAUUACUGACACACCGAUUAUACCAUAUCAAGAAGACAGAUAUUACAUUUUUGGAUCGAACAAAGCUUAUGUUUCUGUUGUGGGAGAUGUUGUUGGACCAAUUUUCCCGACGAUGCCAGUUAAUGCUACAUCACUUUUAAAUCUUCCAAUGGAUUGUGCUGAACAGACGAUGUUCAGUUUCGCUGCCAACAUGUACACAACAUUAUUUAUGAGGCUUAUUAACCAAAGAAACCAUACUCAAGAGAAACAAUCAUUCUACCAUAUGAACAUAGGAUAUCAACGAGCCCUUUCGUUUAUGAAUGAUGAUGGAUCAUUCAGUUUAUUUAGGAGUGAUUGGAACCAUUCUUCACCAAGUGUAUGGCUUACUGCAUACUGUGCAAAGGUUUUUCAAGAGGCAACAUUUUAUGAAUGGGAAAACUUCAUCUACAUUGACCCACUUGUUAUUGCAAAAGCUGUGAGGUGGGUUUUGUUGCACCAAAAUCAUGAUGGAGCAUUCCAUGAGGUCACAUGGAUGCCCGAUAGGAAAGUAAAUACAACUCACUGGUAUAGUGGUAUCGAAGAUGAAAGAUUACGCUUUAGAAAUAUCUCACUUACGGCACACGUUCUUAUUAUGUUGGAUACAGUCAAAGAUUUGGCUGGCGGUUUGGGCACAAAUGUUUCCUUAGCUCAAGGUCGUGCUGUUAAAUGGUUAGAAAGUAAUCUAGUCUAUUUGCAAAAAUAUGGCGAUCCGUUUGAGGUAGCCAUUGUAGCAUAUGCAUUGAUGCUUAGUAAAACGCCUGCAGCAGAAAUGGCAUUUAUGAUUUUAAAUACCCACGCUCGAAUCGAAGGUGGUUACAUGUACUGGGGUCGAGAGCAAGUUCCAUUACCGCCUUUCAAAAUGGAAAACCAAAAGCCUUUCUUGUUGCCAAGGUUGCCUUACAGAUACGAUGCGUCGAACAUACAAACAACCGCCUAUGCUCUUUUAGUGCAUGUGGCACGUCAAGAGUUGACUACUCAUUCGAUUGUCAAAUGGCUGAACUCACAACGAUUAACUGAUGGCGGUUGGGCUUCAACUCAGGAUACUGCUUGGGCAAUGCAAGCUCUGAUAGAGUAUACUAAUAGAAAUAGGUUGCGUGAUGUCUCAAAGCUGACUGUGAAAAUUGAAGCAACAGCGCUUUCAGGCCAAACGAAGAUUAUGCAUGUCAAUCAUAAUAACAUUGCCAGACUUCAACGGAUUGAGAUACCACAAGCCUGGGGUACGGUGAAAGUGCAAGCGCAUGGAGCUGGUUAUGCAAUUCUUCAGAUGUCGGUUCAAUAUAACGUUGACAUAGCAAGGUUCCAGACUCAACCACCUGUCAAGGCUUUCCAUCUGGUUACAAAGGCUAACUUCCAUGGAAGAAAUCAGUCUCAUAUCACUUACAACAGUUGUCAAAGAUGGAUAAAUGUUAAUGAGUCCGUACGAUCUGGAAUGGCAGUUCUCGAUGUGACAAUCCCCACUGGUUAUAUAAUCCAGCAACAAAAACUCGAUGAAUAUACUUUAACGAGGAAUGUUAGGAACCUCCAAAGAGCGAGAUUUAAUGGCCAGAAAGUCAUAUUUUAUUUUGACUAUCUGGACGAAACAGACAUAUGUGUAAAUUUCACAGUUGAAAGAUGGUACCCAGUAGCUAACAUGUCAAGAUUUUUGCCCGUUCGUGUUUAUGAUUAUUACGCUCCAGAGAGAUUCAACGAGACGAUAUUUGACGCGAUUCAAACUUAUUUACUGAACAUUUGUGAAGUAUGUGGAAGCAGUCAGUGCCCAUACUGUCCGAUAUACAACUCAGCGAUAGCACUCGUGUCAUCAGGAGCCACUCUAAUCUGUGUUAUUUUGUCAUCAUUUCUUGCGACUUACAAUUACAUAUCGUAUAAAAGCGGCUUCUUGUGACUUUAGAGAUAACAAUUAAUUGCCCAAUAGAGGGAUAAUAUAUAAUAUCUAAAGCACCAGAAUUUUCUACAAUAUAAAAAGAGAAUCCAAUUCCGUCCCACCUAGUCCCAUUUUAUCACUUAAAACUUUUAGGGAAUUUAUUAAGUAUUAAG